AUGCCGGAAACCCCCGCCGCCGCGUCGCCUGUUUGGGAGCUUCGCCUCGUGGGUGGCGCCUCCACCGUCCGGAGCGUGCCGCUCUCGCAAGACGUGACUAUCGGACGCACGGCGCUCGGCAUCGACGGCUCGACAAUCUCUCGGAGCCGCCACGUCCGCUUCUUCUGCGACGCCGAGCACGCUGUCCGCUGCGUCGCUCUGCACGAGAACCCGGUGCGCAUCGUGGCCUCCGGCGGCGAGGCGUCGCACGAGAUCGGGCUCGGCCACGCCAACGGCGACUCGGCGCUCCUCUACCCAGGCUGCCUGCUUCAGCUCGGCGACCUGGAGAACAGCGUCGACCGAAAGGUGUUUUGCUACCUUCUCGCGAGGGGCAGCCCGCCUCAAAAGCUGAGUGGCGCGAUGGCUGGCUCUGCCACGGCCCGGGUGGACGUGGCGGUGCGGGCCUCAGAGCCCGCCCCGGCCAACGCGGCGUCCCACGCGGUGCCGCCUCGCACGAUCACGGCCGACGCUGGAGUCCAGGCGGUCGAGCCGGCUCCCACACAGGCGGAUGCAUCGAUGCAGGUCGUACCCGCAGCGGCCGACGCUUCGAUGCAGGUCGUACCCGCAGCGGCCGACGCUUCGAUGCAAGUCGCGCCUGCAGCGGCCGACGCUUCGAUGCAGGUCGCGCCUGCAGCAGCCGAUUCAUCCGUUCAGGCGGCGCCCGCGGCAGCCGACGCAUCCGCUCAGGCGGCGGAGCCGGCAGUUGCGACGACCGACUCGGCCGUCCAAGCGGUCGAGUCCCGUCCUCCGUCAGCCGACUCCUCCGUCCAGGCUGCCGAGCCUCCUCCUGCGGCGGCCGACGCCUCCGUCCAGUCGGCACCCCUCCCUGCGACAGUCGACGCCUGUCUUCAGCAUUCCAUCCCGACGGCGGACACCGGCAUCCAGACCGCGCCCGCGCCCGAGAAGGAGGCGGCGGAGGGCGCCUCUGCGCUCGCCGCGCCACCUGCAGACGCGCCGGGGGAGGAGGCUCCUGCGGACGCGCAGGCAGAGGGGGUGGCGGCCGGUCCUCCGGAGCAGGCGGGGCUCGCGCGGGAGGGUGGAGGCGAAGGGUGGGCGGAGGACGGCGAGGAGGCGCCCUCGUCCCUGCCCGGCCUGCUCUUCACGCAGCUCGACCCGCCUCUCAGCCCCUUCUCGCAAGGGUCGCGCGGGCGGGCGUCUGGCGGCGACGAGGAGGAGGAGGCGUCGCAGGCGUCCCAGCACAGCUCGCUCUCCCUCGGGGGGCCGCCCUCCGAGGCGAGCCUCCUCCCCCGGCGCGUGUAUCUGAUCUUUCUAAGCACGCAGAGCUUCCCCGGAGGGACGCAGCAGCCGCCGGACGGCGCCGACGCGGAGGCGACGGCGUCGUGGGGGCACCAGCUGCACGCCAUGUACGCAGCGCUGCUUCCGCCGCUCGACUUCCAGCUCCACUUUGAUCUGCCGGCUUGGGCGCCGCUCGCUGCCGCCGACGAGAGCCCCGCGCGGGCGGUUGGGUCGCCCGAGAGGGCGGCGCCAGAGAGGGCGGCGCCAGAGAAGAGGGCAGACGCCCAUCCCGAGGGCGCGCCCCCGCCGAUGUCGGUGGCGGUGCAGUCGGCCCCGCUCUUUGGCUUCACGCCCGCCACCGGCAAGCGCAAGCAGAGGCCCGACGAGGAGGGGGAGGACGCGGCCGGCGAUGCAGGGGCUGCGCGCUGGAGCGUGCGGGGCAUCUCCCCCUUCACCAUGGGGAUCAAGCGCCUCGCCCCUGCUGAGGACUGA